AUGGUCGCCUCCACCGAAAUUACCCCCCGCCAGGAGGACAUCUCAAAGAUGCUCAAGUGCAACACCCAUUUGGGCACCAAGAACUGCGAUGUCCUCAUGGAACCUUAUGUCUUCAAGCGCCGCUUUGACGGUGUCCACCUGAUCAACAUCGCGACGACGUUCGACAAGAUCAAGCUUGCAGCGCGCGUGAUCGCGGCGAUCGACAACCCGCAUGACGUGGUCGCCGUGUCGGCGCGUCCGUAUGGCCAGCGCGCCGUCCUCAAGUUUUCGCAGUACACGAGCUGCCAAGCAAUCGCGGGGCGCUGGACGCCGGGCCAGCUGACCAACCAGAUCCAGAAGAAGUUCCAGGAGCCGCGUCUGCUUGUCGUCACCGACCCGCGCACCGACUCGCAAGCCAUCACCGAGGCGUCGUACUGCAACAUCCCAACCAUCGCCUUCUGCGACACAGACUCCCCGCUGCGCUACGUCGACAUCGCCAUCCCGGCAAACAACAAGGCCAAGCAUUCCGUCGCCCUCCUCUGGUGGUUGCUUGCCCGGGAGGUCCUCUACCUUCGUGGCACUAUCCCUCGGUCCUCCCCAUGGGACGUCAUGGUCGAUCUCUUCUUCUACCGCGAUCCCGAGGAGCUCGACAAGGCCGAGGAGGCCGCCAACGCCGUCGCUGGUGCCGCCCCUCUUGGUGUCGCCCCGGCUACCGCAUAUGACACCACUGCUCUUGGUGAUGCCGCCGGCUUCGUGCCCGCUGGCGCCGACGCCGACUGGAGUGCCGCUCCGGUUGGUGCCGCAGAGUACGACCCCACCGCCGCGCCCGCGGCACAGGUCGAGAACUGGAGUGCUAGCGCCCCCGCCCCGGCCUUACCAUUGCCGCCAGCCGUCGAGGGAGACUGGGAGAUGCCAGCCCCACAAGCCCCGCCCGCUCCGACCUCUGAGUUCCCGCCGCAGCAGCAAUACUAGUCAUGGUCUUCUGUGUACGUUGGAGUCGCGUCUUCUGCAAUAUAGAUAAACUGUUAUCUAUUUGAUAUUGGCGCAAAUUGUAGCUGUGGUUGGACUACUUCGGUCGGUAACGACCGCUGGGAUGGGUCUCAUUGACUGGUCAAAUGGGAUCUGGAGGAGGAACGUGGAGAGGAGUUGUUCAUUCGCCUUUGGAACAACUGGAUAAUUGUAGACAGCCGUCCGGCCAUAGUCUUUGAGUGAUAGUUUUCGGCCUACAUAUGUCUGGCUCACAAGGUGGAGAGUGGUCAACAAAACUAAAUUCUUGGAAAGUGCAAA